AUCCUGAGAUCAAGUCAUCCCCUAUAGCGUCAGCACCACCAUACCCAUGGCACCAGCAUCGACCCGAAGAACAAGGACCAGCAACUCCAGGUCCCGCAAAGGAUGCAUAACCUGCAAGAUCCGCCACGUCAAGUGUGGAGAAGAGAAGCCCGCGUGCAGCCAGUGCACACGCUCCGGGCGCAAAUGCGACGGCUACACCGAAGCGUCACAGACGCAACUUCGCCAAGCCCUCAUCCAGUCCACGCCUUGGGGCCAGGGCUUGAGCCCGAAUUCGGAUCAGAGGAUUGUGCUCGUGCCAGGUACGCGGGAGGAGCGGCAAUAUGUGCAGUUCUUUUGCACGCAGACCGCGCCUGCGCUGUCGGGCUUCUUCCCGUCGCAGUUCUGGAGCCAAUUCCUCCCGCAACUCAGUCACCGCAACCAGGCGGUCCGGCAUGCCGUUGCCGCUGUCGGAUCGCUACAUCAGCGUCAACUGGCAGGCUGGUUUGAGCCUGCACAUGCGAUUGAUGAGUUCACGCUGCAACAGUACAACAAAGCUAUCCAACAAUUUCUACGGCAGAUCGGAGACCCGAAAGAGGGGGGCUUUGACUUGAUGCUCACCCAAUGCCUCUUGUUCGUCUGUCUCGAGAUGCUCCAGGGAAAUUCCAGGCAAGCGAUGAAUCACGUUCAAGGCGGCCUGGACAUCCUCUCAAGGCAGACUACCGCGUUGGAUACCAUCAAUAAAGACCUGUUCCAAUUCUUUUGCCGACAGAACAAUCAGUUGUCGUACUUUGGUCGACCGCUCAUGCCAGCGCUGGACAUACGAUCGCCCGACUCUUCCCCCCUCCGAUCGAGUAAAAACCUCAGUUUUGACCAUAUAGACCAAGCGAGGGAUUACCUGACGAGCAUGAUUACUCGGUGCUUGUCCUUUGUCCGUUUCGCCCAGCGUCACGUCCUGGCCAACCCACCGCAACCGCUCUAUCCGGAACAUUUCCAUCAGCAAGGGGCCCUACUAGGCGAGUGCCAUGCAUGGUUCCAGGCCUUCGAGACACUGCGGAAAAAGCCCGCCAAGGCCAGCGGGAUCCUCGAUCCGCGGGCGCCCUUGUCCAUGGCAUGCCAGUACCACACCGCGAUCACGUGGCUGAGCACCUGCACUUCUCUAGAUGAGAUGGUCUUGGACAAGUUCAUCCCGAACUUCGUAGCUAUUGUGUGUGCAGGUGAGAAGUUGGUGGAAAUUUGUGUUGGAGACGAACGCAGCUCGGCCGCGGAGCAGUUUUUUCUCGACGCAGAACUAAUACCAGUGCUUUACUGGACGGCUCAGCGGUGUCGACACCCGAUCCUGCGGCGCCGAGCUCUCGAUCUGUUAUCGAAAUAUCCAGCUCGGGAAGGCUUGUGGGACAAAGGGCUGCAUGUGGCGGUCGCGAGUCGUGUCAUGGAAUUGGAGGAGACGGGGCUCGAACAUCUGCCCGUCGCGCAGCGGACUUCACUGGCACGUCAGCGCAUACACGAUUCGUCGAUAGUAAGUGAACGGGAGUCACGGGCGAAUCCGUGCCUGGUGCUUUUUCGCUCUAAGCCUCAUGGCCUGGACGGGCCUUGGGAGCUUCGAUGGGAGAAUGUGGGCUGGUGAUGCGAGACAAGGCGUUCUCUCGAAGGAUCAACCCUGUCUAAAUAGAUCUACCUACACGACAUUUGCAGGGUUUGUCUGAAAAUUCUGUCCACAUGUUUCAUGCUGUCGUGGCCCCCACCGGGGUGAUGGGAUUACGAUGUGACCAAU